UGGACAAACAGGCACAGAGAAGAUAAGGAGAAGAAAUGCUUUGUUGCAGAAUUUAUCUCUUGGAUGACACUUACAUUGAACGAGACUUGGAGAAAAAUGCGGUGGGUCAAGUUCUGUUUGAUAAUGUUUGUGAGCAUUUCAACCUGCUGGAGAGGGACUACUUUGGCCUGGCAAUACAGGAUUCCUCCAACACAGAGGUAUGGCUGGACGUUUCUAAGGAGGUUCGCAAGCAGGUCAAAGGUCAUGAUGCUACAUUCAAAUUCAUUGUAAAAUUUUACCCUCCUGAUCCCUCUCUAUUGGCAGAGGACAUCACCAGAUAUUUACUGUGUCUGCAGCUGAGAAUGGACAUUAUGACUGGUCGUCUGCCCUGUCCGUCAGAUAUGUUGGCACUGUUGGGGUCAUACACAAUCCAGUCAGAGUUUGGGGACUAUGAUCCUGACAUGUAUAGCAGGGAUUUUCUUAGCAACAUUCCCCUCGCACCGGAUCAGACUCCAGAGCUGGAAGAAAAAGUUUCAGAGCUACAUCAGAUGCACAAAUCCAUGAGUCCUGCUCAGGCAGAUGAGCAUUUUCUGCAAAUCGCCAAGACCCUGAAUUUGUAUGGAAUGCACCUGCAUACUGCUAAGGAUGUCAGUGGAGCAGAUGUAAUGUUGGGUGUGUGUGCUAAUGGACUGGAGGUGUAUGAGGAUGGGGAAAAUACACAAAGUGUUAUUUGGCCAAGUAUUCUGAAGAUGUCUUACAAACGCAACUACUUCUUUGCCAGAAUGCGCCAUGUGGAGGAUGCUUCUGAAAGUACCAUCAAAUUUAUACUGCCCAGCUAUCGUGCAUGCAAAAGCCUGUGGAAAAUUGCUGUGGAGCAUCAUGCGUUCUUUAGGAACAACCGAAAAGACACGUCAGAGGGAUUGCUGCACCUUGGAUCUAGGUUCCGUUUUCAUGGGCUGACUUAUGCUGAAUCUCUAGAGGCCAGCUCCAACAUUGAUCGUCCAGCUCCACGCUUUUCACACUCUGCCAUUAAAAGAAAAGCAAAAGAGAUGAUGCCUGCUACUUUAAAGCAUCAAAAACCCAUGAAGAUUGACGACUGGUUCCAUGUGCUCGGCUCUGAUCAGCAGUGGAACAUCAACCCAGAACAUUUUGGUAUGGACCAGGAGGAGGUGGUAGACAUAGAAACAGACAACAACAGUCAGACAGAUAGAGUGACCCCUGCUUACAAAGCAUGGAGUGAAGAUAAAGGAAAGGAGUGGUUUGAGCUGCUCGAUAGAUUCUCCUUUCCACCUCAGCUGUCUUUAACUUCAGCUGACAAGUUGGGACAAGACCUGGAAUGGGAAGAGGGAACUUCAAAAGAAAUCCUAGAAAAUGCCAGUAUUUCAGACAUUGCUGGAAAAAAUCUGGAGUUGGACAUUGCAGUGCAUCAACAAAUUAAAGCAAUAGAGGAAAUGAUAGAAGAAAUGGGAAAUGUGGACAGGGUACAAGGAGUAGUAGUACACAAACAGACAACAAAGGAGGAAAUAUAUAAUGGAGAACCUCUGAAGGUUUUACAUCACCAAACGAUAAGGAGGGUGGAAAUACCAAAUACAGUAAAUGAAGUGGUGGAAAUUCAAAUUGAUUCUGAGGACAAUAUACAGGAGUUACAGAAAAGAUUACUAGAGGUGGAGACCAUUGAACAAAAACUGCAGAACAUAGAGGGGCAGAAUCUGAAGCAAGUCAAAAAUAAAGGAAGACAACCAUCUGAGACAGACGACUGGUACCAUCUCCUUGAUUACAAGCCACUGGUGAUGUCUUCUCUUUCUGCAGCUGACAAGCAAAGAGAAGAACUGGAAUGGGAAGACAGAAGAUCAAAAGAAGUCCUAAAAAAUGUCAAUAUUUCAGACACUGUUGGAAAAAAUCUGGAGUUGGAUAUUGCAGUGCAUCAACAAAUUAAAGUAAUAGAGGAAAUGAUAGAAGAAAUGGGAAAUGUGGACAGGGUACAAGGAGUAGUAGUACACAAACAGACAACAAAGGAGGAAAUAUAUAAGGGAGAACCUCUGGAGGUUUUACAUCACCAAACGAUAAGGAGGGUGGAAAUACCAAAUACAGUAAAUGAGGUGAUGAUAGAGGAAGUUCAAGUAGUUUCUGAUGAAAAUAUACAGGGAUUACAGAAAAGAUUACUAGAGGUGGAGACCAUUGAACAAAAACUGCAGGACAUAAAAGAGCUUCAAUUCAGAUUACAUGAAGUAGAAAUGUUGGAGCAGAACCUGAAGCAAGUCAGAAACAAAGAAAGACAACCGUUUGAGACAGACGACUGGUACAGGCUCCUUGAAUACAGACCACCAGCAAUGUCUUCUGCUUCUGCAGGUUUCAUCAUGGAUCCAACAGAGCAAAAAGCAGAGAUUAUACAUUGGAAAGAUGAGUCUGUUCAAAGGGCAAACAGUAUCACACCAGUCCAGUUUAAGGAGGACUGGUAUCGUUUACUGGAAUUGCUGCCAAGAUCUAAACAGGCCAUGCAACCUUCAGUAGAAAAGAAAAUGGAUAAGGUGAUAAAAUGGAAGGAGGAGAGAGAAAGUCCAAUGAAGAAAAUCUUACAAACACACCUACCCAAAAAGAGAGAACAUCCUGUUAAAGAGACGGAGGAUGACUGGUUUACACUGCUUGAUGUUCCUGCUAAAGAAAUAGUGCCCAGUACAGAUAUAUAUGGUUAUGAAGAGACCAGGGAGAAAAAAGCUGAGUUUGUGGAUAAGCAAGAGACAAUCACAUAUAACCAAACGACAACCAAGGAGAGAAAGGAAGCCAUGAUGGAAACACUUUCUAAAGUGGACCAGAAGAGUCGAGUAGUGCAGCCAGGUACUGAUAACUGGUUUGUGCUUUUGGACCCGAUACCUUAUGAAAAGAGGAGUCUUCAGUCAGAUUCUGCUGUUUAUGAAGACACAGCAGGUCUGACAGUUCAGCAAAGAUAUACAGUUGAGGAAAAUGUAGUAACAACAAAGGAGAAGAUUAUAAUCAUCAGAAAGAAGCAAGUGGAAGGUGGAGAACUGAAAAAGAAAAUGACAGUUGAGCCACGUGAGGUUGAUGACAGCUGGUUUGUGCUUUUUAACCAAACUCCAUUUAAGAAGAGAAGUAUUGCCAAAGUGCCCGUGACUGCAUAUUUUGAAGAUACAGCAGGUCUAAGAAGGCAAGAAAGAGUCACGAUUAAGGAAAAUCUUGAGGUCAUUGAACAAAGGCAUUUGAAAGCUAGAGAACUGGAGGAAAAGAUUCCAGUUGUGGCACGUGAGGUUGAUGACAGCUGGUUUGUACAUUUUGACCUGAUACCAUUAAAGGAGAGGAGCAGAAACAGGAGUAUUGGCAAAGUGCCUGUGAUUCAGAUUCAUGAAGACACAUUAGAGAGAAUACAGAUGAAAGAAAAAGAAGUAAUUAUUGAGGAGAAGUCCAUGAACAUCAGAAAGAAGCUUGUAAAAGCUGAAUUGGAAAAGAAAGGUCCAGUCGUGAUGCGUGAGGUUGAUGACAGCUGGUAUAGGCUUUUUGACCAGACACCUUUCGGGAAGAGGAGAAUGGCCACAGGUGUAUCAGACACAUGGAUCCUGGGGAAAAGUAGAAUAAAAGACAUAAAGGAAAUGCAGCUCAAAGAAGAAGCAAGAAAAAAGCAUCAGGAGAGGGGCAGAAUACCUCCUCAAGUACCUGUGGUCAGGGUAGACAAGCCUCACAGAGAUGUAGAUGAUGAUUGGUACAUCCUGCUGGGGGUUCAGACUAAAAAGUCAGGAUUGGACAGAAUCAUCUCACAUGAAAGAACAGCAUGGCAACCGAGAGUGUCAGUUACUGUUACACCUCCAGUGGAUCUACCUAAGGCCCGUCCACUGUUUCCAGCUGAUCAACCUAUGACCUCCACUCCCACUGGACAACUAAGUCGCAUCACAAGACAUUCCUAUCAGGAGGAGAGUCUGAGGAGACUGGAAAUUUCACAAUAUAGUACACAGGAUGUCACACAAGAAUCCAAGGUAGAAACAGAGUCAGUCCUUAUCAGAAAGAGAAGAGAGAGAAAAAUCGAGGGUGAAACAAUUUAUAUUCGUCACAGCAUUCUAAUGCUGGAGGACUUUGAUGUGACACAGGAGGUGGUAUUAAAACAUCACGCCAGCGUCAGUGAAUUAAAGCGUCUCUUUAUGGAGGACAUUCCUGUGUUCGGCCCCACUGAGUGGGAGAAGCGUCUCUCCACACACACUCCCGUAAUCAUCCCUCAACUAUCCAAUGGAGAACUUUUCAUCAGCAUAGACACAAUGGGAAGAGAGACUAUAUCAGUCAUGUAAAAUCACUUCACUCCAUUCACAGAGUAGAACCUCCAUCAUUUUAUUACAUUAGUAGCCAAAGCAUCAUUGAUGUUACCAAGAAUGUAAGAUUGUGUGAUUUCUAUUUCUCAGUAUGUUUUUUUGUUUUAAAAUAGAUGUUGUUUUAAUCUUUAUAGUAAAAAUGCCAUUUGUGGGUGGCUUGU